UGAGGUCGACCUAAACGGUAUAUCAUGCGGGAAAGAGUUCGGACUAGUUCUAGGGAGUAAUGGCAAGGUAUUCUAUUACGGAAAAGGCAGCAGUCUUGGGCUUAAAACUGUCGGUAAAAAUCCCAGUUUGAAAUUGAAUGAAAUUGCCAUGUCGAAAGCCUCUAGUUUCUCGCAAGUAUCUGUAGGGCACGAUGGUAUUCACGCUCUUCUACUAAACGAAGAUGGCACAGUAUUUUUUGCAGGAACUGCGCGUCGAGGUGAAGACGGUGAACAGUCUAAAAAUCGCAGACAAUUGAAAGCAGUUAAACCGAAAAAAAUUAGUAAGAUCGAUGGUUACUUCAUUACGAAUGUAUCGUGCAAUAACGGUACAUCUGCGUUUGUAACAAAAGAUGGAAAAUUAAUCAUUUUUGGUAAAGACACUAAUUAUUGUGAUUCGUCGGGAAUCGUGACAGGCUUGAAUGAUGCCCACAUCGUGAAAGUAGCUCUCGGAAAAGCACAUUGUGUUGCACUCGAUGCCAAAGGUCAACUGUAUACAUUUGGAUUAAACAAUAAGGGGCAAUGUGGAAGAAAGUUUACGAAAGAUCGGAGCGAUGAUACAUUCGAUCCGAAACCGAAACCACAAACAUUCAAACCUAUGUGCCCAAUUGAUGAGCACAAUAUUGUUGAUGGGAAAUGCAGGAUAUGUAAUGUAUGUCGUGAAUGUACUGGUUACAACACUGCAUGUGUUUCAUCAAAAAAAAUCUAUGUCAAUGAACGCAUUCCUGGAACCACCUGUUCCUGCGGUCACGGUAGUGCCGGUUGUUCAAAAUGCGGCAGUUGUAGCACAUGCGUUGCCUCACAAGAAAACGGAUCUUUAACAGGCGAAAGUCACAAUGAUCUUCCAACAGUCGCAGAUAAAGUUAAAGAUGGACUUCAUCGGAAAUACGAAAAUCUCCGACAUGGAGAAGAAGGCAAUCAACUCUCCGAUACGGAUGCACCCCGCGUUGCACCAGUUCCUCCACAACGAGUUGAACUGCCCGCAAAGAGUCCGAUCGUGCAGAUUAGUUGUGGGCUGCACCAUACUGUUGUGCUCACCCUAUCCGGUGAAGUAUUUACAUUUGGUAGUAAUCAAUAUGGGCAACUAGGCACCGGCGACCUCCAGCCAAUAUCGGGAGCUCAUUUGGUAAAGAUUCCGCAUAUGGUUAGUCAGGUUGCUGCUGGUAGCAAUCACACAGUAAUACUGACCACGAAGGGCAUUGUGUACACGUUUGGAAACUAUCAAAAAGGACAGCUAGGUAGACUUCCUGGAGAAACUAAUAUAACAGCCGGAUCGGAUAUGUAUGGAUGUUCAAAUAACCCAUCUGGAAGGAUUGAAUCCAGUGAUAGGACCAGCGUUGCUGAUAUACUUUUACAAAGACAAAAGUUUUUAUGGAACUGUUCAGCUGGUGCAGUUACUGGUAUUGGACCAUCUACAGGAAAGAAAGCUUCUUGGAUUGGUGCGAGCGGUGACCAAACCUUUAUUAAAAUAGACGAAUCAUUAGUAAAUGCGUCGAUGCUGUCCAAGUUCAGCGUGGUUGCAGAUAAGAACACAAUUUUGUUGAUUCCGAACAACCAGCAUCAGCUAAAUUGUAUCGCAAUCAAUAGGCGGAAUGGUAACUGUAAAGCUCACAACAUGAAUCAGUUUGAUUUUAAAACAAUCAUGGAUAAAAUGGAUGAAAAAGAUAAUCAUGGUAGUAGAAAGCGAAUGAAAGCACACCCUCCUCAACUACAGCCAUAUCACAAUGUGGAAGGAAUUCUUGAAAAUCAGGAGUUGGUACUAUCGGAGUUAGACCUUUGCAAUGAUUCAAAAUAUGCGGUUGACGUAGGCAAACAGUCUAAUGUCAGUUUUGCUUUUACAAUGGAUCCAUGUUUCAAUGUUCUGUGGGGGUUUGACAGCGUUUCAAAAAGCAUGAUGUUCUUCAAUGUUAUUGCUUCAGAAAUAUCACCAAGCACAAUGUACGCCAAGGAUCUAAUUGCUGUAUUAACACCAGAAAUAGCGCUGCCAACUCAGAUUGAUUCUGAAGUUACCCGUUAUCAAGCUUCUUUGAAUAUUUUAGCUACUCUGGACAUACUCACUACGAAUCAAAAAGCACUUAAGAAAUGCUUUGUUCCAUCGGAUGUUAAUCAUAAAGUGAACAUCGAAGGCAAGGAUAAUUGCGAGUAUAACACAGUGUGCAGAUUCGAUAGCUUUGGAGGUGGAUGGGGAUAUUCUAGCUAUAGUGUUGAAGCCAUCCGGUUCAUGAGUGACACAGAUGUUAUUGUUGCCGGUUUCGGAAUGUACGGCGGACGGGGUGAAUACACGUGCAAAUUAAAACUGUUCGACCUAGGCUAUGAUGGAGGUACAAACGAAAAAGAUGGCGUGUUAAUAUCCGAAGUUGAGGAGGUCUCAUUUGAAUGUCCGUCGAAGUGCAAAUAUAACAUUACUCUGCCGAGUCCGGUUUCUAUCAGCGCCGAACGAUGGUAUUUAGUAUUGGCUAAGAUCUCCGGACCUUCGUCUGAUUGUGGAUCCUCAGGGCAAUCCUCGAUCUCAACUUCAGACAAUGUGCUGUUUCAUUUCAAAACGUCGAAAAAAGCUAACAACGGAACCAACGUUAGCUCAGGCCAAAUUCCGUCCAUUUUGUACAGGAUUAUUUCUCUGAACAGUAAAACAGUGUUUCCACCAGUUUCGAACGAGCCCGUGUGCAAAAUUUCCAAAUAUUUUGCCAACACUCUCACUAAGGAUUGUUUUGAGAGUUUAGUUAUGUUACUGAACUGGUCGUGGAGUUCAUUUAAGGUUUCUACAGCGGAUAUUCUAGAAACGCGGAAGACAAACCAAAACAUAAUCUCGCUCAACAGACUUGUGUACAUCUGUAAAGCGAGUUUGAGACUUUUAAGAAAAUACAUAAAUGACAUAUACCCGUACAAUGGAUUUAAUAGCAACGAUAAAUCAGGCAACAAAAUUAAGACCAUGAACACUCGCACCGAUUCAAAACUAGAAAAAUCUCCAAAAUCAAAAGCAUAUGAAGGAAAUGGUCUAGUAUCGUCGUUGGACAGCAAAUCAGAUCUACUUAAAGUCAAUGACAUCAAUAUCAUGGAGAUUAAUACACCAAUGUCAAACAAAAAAGUAGUGUCUGAAAGUAUCCAACUAGCUGAAUGCAUCGGAGAUGUGCGCGCUUUGUUGACACAAAUACUUUGCGAUGAGUUGCCUUAUCAGUCUGGAAACGACAUAUGCUCCAUGAUUCUGGAUGUACUUGAUGAGUGUCAUACGACGUUCGUUAACUGUUUUAAUGCAUUUUACCCAACUUCUUUCCUUAAAUGGAAUUGCAUAUGCAAUCUUUUAGCUCAAAUCGAUAAGGGUAUUCUGCAUUCACGGUUGCUAAGCGGUGUUUUGGCCGGACUUUGUGAUCCAAAUAUUAACUUACGAUCAACGUUUUCCAUGUUAUCUCCUAACGUGGAAUAUAAAUCCCUUACUAGUCCCAGUGACAAUCUGGGUUUUCCGAUGCUGGUCAGUUCUGAAAACUAUCAAUAUCCGAUUUUAGUUGAGCAGAUGUUGUAUCGAACGCAAAAGGAAAAAACAAUUACUUGCAAUUCGUGGACAUUCAAAGACGUUUUGAACCGUUUGUUGGAUAUAAUAGCAAAACCUAUUCGAUUGAAAAUCGAAAACAUCUAUAACAAUCAAAACACUGACAUUUACAAUGGCGAUGGAAUGAAGCGACGCCUGAAUAAUAACUUAAUUAGAAAUUCUUGUCGUCUGUUAUCCAAGGUACUGGCAGAAAUUAUCUAUCAGAAUUGCACGAUUGAUAUCGAGACAGCAAUCGUCCCGUCAAACGUUCUGCAUUCAAGCGGGAAUCGAUUUGCAAAAGUGGAUGUUAGCAAAACGUGGAACACGGGAAACUUUGGUCCAGAUGCAAUUGCAUUCACUGUAGACAGACCUGGAAUAUCGAUUGCUGGAGCUUGUGUAUAUUCUGGUUCUGGUAGUUACGAGUAUCAACUGGAAUUACUUUAUGACAGCAUGGAAUCCAAGAGUCAACUACAACAUAAAUGGGAAGUAAUUGAGUCGUUUGUGGGCGCAUACGACCAGAGUAUGGUUAAAAACUUCAUGACCGAAAUAAAAUUUGAUCGGGCGAUAAGUAUCAAGGAAAACGUUCGUUAUGCACUGCGCUUGUGCUCUCAGGGUGCACGAACCUGUUCCGGGGAUGGAGGUUUUGCAGCGAUUCGUGGUCCUUGUGGUGCAACGUUUAAGUUUUAUCCCUGCGAUUUAAGUUUCAACGGAACUACACCUGCUAGAGGUCAGAUACCUUGUAUUUUGUAUUACAGUAUUCCCACGAUCAACGAUAGUUAUUCGGGAAAAUACAGUAAGGAAUCUCAUGCCCGGGAUAUUGCGCUACAAAUCUCUUCCGACGUCACAACCAGAUGUAAAGAUUUGUUGAUUCACGCUAGAAAUGCGAUAGCAUUUUCGUCAACAUCAAGCGAUAAAAGUUCAAAUUCUUCUCACAAUACACACACAGUGGACUCCGAACAUAACAUCACGCCAAUUGAGGAGCAUCUUGAUGUUGCUUGGAUAAACAAUUCAGAUAUAGCAAAUGUCAAUAAUGUAACAAGUAGUAGUUUCGAUCACAACAAUUCAUCCACAGCGAAAGAUAUAACUAAGCGCAUCGAAAAUUUUUCAAAAGGAAUUAUUGAAACGCUAAAGUUUGAUAAAAAGUCCAGGAAUUCAAUUGACUUUGAUAUUGAGAUUGAAAUAGGUGCUGAAGAAAUAACACCGAAUGAUUAUAUUGACGUUAGAAACAACAAGCUGGACUCUAUAUCCAACGGAAACACUUCCGGGCUUGGAAUGCACAGCAAGGCAGACAAUUUCUCAAUAUUGAACGAUGCGGGAAGUGAUGCGGAGGAAUUUAACAACCAAUUAAAUCAGGAACGUAUUAUUCAGCUGUUUUCUGCUGAAGAUUCUUGCCUGUUUACGAUGCUACUGCCGUUAACAUUUGCACAUAUUGGGCCACUUGUCUGUAGUAAUCUGAAGAGUUCGGUGGAAGUUCUAAGUUUAAUUCGGGCCAUUUUACCGCACGUUUCAGCCUUAAAUCAAAUUAAUAAUUUUAAGCUGUAUGAUUUGGGUAAAACCGACAUCGGCGAAGCAAUACGUAAAAGCAUGAACUCAGAUCAGAAUGAUUUAUGUACCACUAGCCACUAUUAUUGCAUAGUCGAAAGUGAGCAUCCGUACAAGUCUAGUGCAGUGACAAACUACAGGGUUGAAUUUCCCCCUAGUGUGCGCUGGAUGACUAUUGAGUUUGAUCCCCAAAGUGGUACGGCUCAACCGGAGGAUUACGUCUACGUGAAGAUUCCUAAAUAUUAUGAAAUCAAUAAAAUGGAAACAGCUUUCAUAAACGACAACUAUGCAGCUACAGUAAACACUCGUAAAAGUAAGGAAGUUAAAGUAGAAAAUAACAUGAGAGCCGUGGGCUUUAAUAAGGUAGAAUCUGCAGAAAUUGAGUGGAUUAAUAUUAAAAAGUUUAACACACCUCAAAAUUGGUGUAACAAUGCGAUCGUACUUCCCGGAAAUCAGCUGGAAAUUUCGUUAGAGACUGCAUCAACGUAUGUUAGAGAGCAAAAAGGAAAUAAAUAUGGCUUCAAAUGUUCGAUCAUUGGUUAUGACAACAAGAAUUUUGUGAAAUUUCCAAGCACUUCAUUGAUUCAUUUAGAGUAUGAACUAUCUUAUUUGGGAGGCUUAUGCAGUGCAAAUUUAUUGAAAAAGGAUCUAAUUUUUUCUGAUGAUAUCAAUGACAGUGUGGUUAAUAUUGAGGAAAUCAUAAAGAAGCACUCUCAUCUGCUGUCGAAAGGAUUAAUGGUAUCUGAUGCUGUUCUCACUAUCAACAAUGCUCUUGAAUCGAAUUUGCCAAUCACGGAGCAAAGUUACGAGAAACAAUUUCUAAAGGACUUCAUCUAUGUUGCUGCGGGAUCUCCUGGUGCCCGCCUGGCUGCCUGGUUGCAACCAGAGUCGCGCCUUGAUCCGAAUAAAUGCGAAAUUAAAAUGUCACAAGAACCCUUGCGUUGCGGUUGGCCUUCUCAUUUCAUCAUUGAAACGCGGGAUCAGUAUGGGGACGAGAUUUUUGUGCCGGGGAUUAAGAUUGAAGUUAAGGCAUCUCUUGGAAGCAACUUGAUUUCCGAUAGCAACAGGAAAUUGCAUAUGAAAUCGCGUAACGACUCUUUAUACUUAGGAGGAGCUGCAUUACCUCCUAAGAUGAGCUACGAGUGCACCUUUAAAGAAAAAGAAAAAAGCUGCCUAAAGGCAAUCACCGCAAUGAAACCAUUCCAACAGUAUUCUUUUGAAGAGCUGCGAUAUUGCAAUACUAUUCAAAGCAAAACCACAGAGGUGUUAACUGCAAACGAUCUGGGCAAUAACACAUAUGGCGUAUUCUGGACACCGAGCGUGCCAGGAAAUUAUAGUCUUACAAUUACAAUCGAUGGUGUCAGCGUCGAGGAAAUUUAUCGUGUGGAUGUGAUUGAUGCUGGGCUACCGCCUCUAUCGCAGGAAACCACACUGAAGAAGGUGCAACCACCGACGAAAUUGCGGAAAUUCAUUGCAAAAAAUUCGGCUGGUUUGCGUGUACGGUUACAUCCUACCCUGCAGUCAGAUCAAAUUGGAAUUGUUAAACUAAAUGGUAUCGUUUCUUAUAUUGAUGAAAUGGAAAAUGACGACGGUCUGUGGGUUCGACUGUCAACGGAAUCGAUUCGCGAACACUGUACCUCGAGUUGGUUUCCAACCGAGGCUUGGUGUCUACAGUACAAUCAACAUCUAGGCAAGACGCUAUUGCACCCGAUUUUGGAAUCCAGCUCAACCAAAGCUUUGAUGGAACAGACGGAUCGUCCCACCGACGAGGCGUCAUCCGCCAACGAUGAGGAUCCAGCGGCCGUCAAACUGUUGCAGAUCACAGAAGUUUCGGAAGACAGUUCCAUGACUGCUUCCAAUAUAAAUGUUGGUAACUUGAAUCAGAGCAAUAUCGGGGCUGCCAUUGCCGGUGUUGUAGGAGGCGGUGCCAAAAAGAUGCAAGCUUUACAAAAGUGGCUUAAAGGGGACAGCUUUGAGGAAAACGAGGCUCUAAAAAAGCGGAAAAGCGAAGGAGGUGAACCAAGAAGUAACGGUAAUCGAUCAUUUGAUCGUAGCAGAAGCGUUAGUCCGGAAAUGUUUUCAUUACGAAGAUGCGAUUCAUCAAGCAGUACGAAAUCUGACGUAUCGAAGAAUGUACAAGAAAAGGGUGUUUUAAAGGCAGAUGAAAACAUGGAUGAUCGCAAAUCGCACGAAAAUUUGUCCAUCCCGGAAGGAAGUUUUUCUACCGGCAUCCCGUUUGGCAACAAAUCAUUGAAGAUCGAAUCCAAAGAGCUGCCAAAGCGUGCCUUAUCUCCGUCGAUUGCUGAAACACUGCGCGCAGUUUUCUCGGCUUUUCUGUGGCACGAAGGUCUCGUACACGAUGCUAUGGCUUGUGCAUCGUUUCUCAAAUUCCAUCCAAGUAUAUCUAAAAAAGAAAGCGAAAAUCUUCCCGUUGGUAAUCCUCACGAAUAUUUGUUGACUCGGGAGCAGAAAGUACUGCAACGUCACUCCGUGGAAAUUUCGAAUGCAGGAACAUAUUUGAAUAUUCGUCCGUCAACACUGGAAACUUUGGCCAAAAUCGGGAAUUGUUGUGUCCAUAAUAGAAAAUUGCGUAACCGAAAUGCUGACAUUUUCACAACAAGAGACGGAGAUCUUUCGCAGCCCAGUGCUCUGCCACCGGCUUUGCGCUGCUUAGUAUAUGUUUGGGACCAGCUCUGUUGCAAUUUUAUACACUUGGUAGAAACAAAUUCCAAUGAUAAGGAAAAUGACUUUAGUUCAUUGAAGUCGAACAAAUCGGUUGAAGAAAAAACGACCAACGUCAAAGGAGUUGGACAGAAAAAGGUUGAGGAUGGCUGCUGGUGUGAGCUUUGCGACGUGUUCCUGCCGAUCCCUGUUACGUAUCAUAUGAGAAUAGUGCACCCCGGCUGUGGAAAGUAUGCCAAGGGAAAAGGUUACAACUCGAUUGGAGUGUACUGUGAAGGAUGGGCUGGUAAUUGUGGUGAUGGAGGGCAAGGUGUUUCUAGUUGGUAUUUGAUGUGUGAGAAGUGUAGGACGAAGUACGUGAACUGUGCCAAAGUUAUAAACUACAACGAGAGUAAUAACACUGGUCACAAACUAGAUGGUAGUUCGAAUAUCUUGCUAGGAUUUGGGGCAGAGUCAACUAUACCUUCAGAGCUUUUUACCAUAAUGAAGGAGAACUCGUUUUUUCUUCUUGAACUUAAUUCAUAUAAUGGAGGUCUUAUCAACAAACCUUCCAACUCCUCAUCGGAUGCAACCGGUAUACAAGAACAAUGCAAUAACAGCAGAUACAGGAAUGUGGAUUUGAAUGAUUCGUAUGAUUCAAGCUAUUGUUUUGAAGACAAAAACAUCAAUUGGAGCGGGGGAGUGAAAAAGGAUACCAGUAGGAAUUUGUACGAUUCCUCUUCAGAGCUGAUGUGGCCCCCUCCCGACAUGUUAUCGUGUUUGGAGACACUCGGUGCGAAAACCAACAACGAUCUGACUUACGAAAUGCUGGGAAUGAAUGUGGUUGAUAUCCAUCCCUAUGACAUGAAGGUUCUUGAUGAUGCUUCAAUGGAGAUUGGUGAUACUUAUACUAAGAAUAUACUAAUUUCGCCAGCCAUUCCAUCAACUAGCAAAUUUCACCGCAGUUUCUCCAUGGGGCAAGGUUGGAAUACACCUCAAAAUAAAUUAGUAACAGAGUACAAUCAACAGAAUAAAAUAGAAAAUGGAAUCAAACACGAAGUAACCAGCAACGUGGUUUUAAGGCGCAAGAAACAGUGCACGUGUACAAGUGGGGACUCGAAUCUUCUUAAUUAUCCAUCGAUCAAUUUGCAAAAACUGGUACCGGAUCACUUACUGACUAACAGCCUUUCGAAAGAUUCCACCCCUACUAGUAAAAACAAAAGUAAGAUCAACAGCAAGAUAAACGACAAAAAUAACAUUCAAACUAAUCCACGAGCGGCCCUAGCGGUGAAUGGAAAACGACCAGAUGAAAUAAACUUUUCAGAAUUUCUAGAGUUGUACCACAGUAAUGCAAGAGAAAACUGUGAUAAGGCCAAAAUCACAAACGAUAAACCCGAUGUGUCUGGAUCAGAUGGUUCCAACUCAGCUUACAAGUUGGAUGUUCAAGCCGGUGCGUUGUCUCUUCUCAAUAGACCAUCGAUGACUUUUAUGCUAGAAAAACAUGACUUGAAGAAGCUGCGCCAUUUAAUGACUCGAAAUUUGAGAAAAACUGUUUGUAACAUUUACAGUUUACAAGCAUUGAAUUGGCUGUUGAGGUCUGUUACCCAACCCAUUGGUUUGCACGACAUCAUGUGGUGGUUUAUUUCAUCCCUAUCGUAUUCUACGCUUGACAAUGAGGAUGAGCUCAAGUUAAACGAAGGCGUGCUUGGCCUCGAACACCCGGGAUCGAAUCAAUUCAACGGACCUCUAUCACAAACGCUUUCACAAAGCUUACAUUUUCUGUUGCAAACGGUAGCAGAUCUAACAUUACUGUUGCCCUCAGGAUCCUCUUUGCAGAAAACUGCUGUUCAAUGUUUCGGACUCAAGUUUAAGCAAUCGGACCAUCAGUUCCUACAUCGAUCGCACGUGUUCGGUAAUAUAUCGAAAAUUUUAUCGAAAUCAGAGGAACAGAGUGAUGAAAACUUAAUCCCAUCGAUGGCAAUGCUAAAUUCCUACUCAAACAAUAUUGAGGGAUGUUUGGAAGAUUGUAUAAGAGUCAACUUACUCAGCGAUAUCACGGAAAUUUUCGAUCUCAUCGUAUCGUCUCGACCCGCACUAGCCAAUUCCUUGAUUGACAACUCGACGGAAACGUUCUGGGAAAGCGAUGAAGAAGAUCGGAAUAAACCAAAGAUUAUUGAGCUCACCAUGAACCGCACCAAUUAUCACUGUAAAGUUAUCUAUGUGCACAUCGAUAAUAGUCGAGAUAUUGGGAGCAAAGUGUCCAGCAUAUUAGUGUACGGAGGAAGUUCUUUCGGGGAAACAUCGUUGCAGAAAACGAUUGAGGUGGAUCCUUUAGCUUGUUGCUGGAUAUCGGCAUCGAUCAUGGAUGAUGAAUGUACCCACUACCGGUUGGAGUUCCGUGGACCAGAGGCAACCCUUCGUGUACGUCAGAUCAAACUAUUAGGUUAUACUGCAGACGAAAAGGCGGCUCAAUUCAAACACAAUUUGAAGAUGAUCAACGCUAAUUAUAUCCAACAGAAAAAUUGUGAAACUGAAACUUUGCGUGUGUUUCGCCUGCUUACGGGACAGGUAUUUGGGAAACUUAUUCUGGAAAGUGGCAAAAACAUCAACUACGCUAGUAGUAGCACGCCAAUCUCAUCAAAAACGAAUGAAUCAACGGCGAUAUCAUCGUCUACGGAGUCAUUGGAUUUACGAGAACACAUGGUUGGCAUCUUGUUCAGUCGCAGUAAAUUAAGCCAUCUUCAGAAGCAAAUAAUAGUACAUAUUGUAUAUGCCAUCCAGAAGGAAGCUCUACGAUCACGAGAGGAAUGGGAGCACAAUGUGCUGUAUAGUGCAGAUAACGAAACCGACUUUGAGGACAACAUCAAAUUAAAUGAUACGUACUGCUUCGAAAUGUUGAGCAUGGUGCUGGCGCUAUCCGGCAGCGCUGUCGGAAGGUCGUAUCUAUCACACCAGCACGGACUGUUGAAAGAUUUGUUUUCGCUGCUCCAUACAGGUAGUGAUCGAGUGCAACGCCAAGUUACUGCGUUGAUACGUCGUAUUCUGCCUGAGAUUUCUCCAGAAACACUUUGUGAGUUAUUAGUUGUUGAAAAAAUUCCAGAGACAGACUUUAACCUGCUCAGUCAGAAUAACGAAAUGUUCAACAUGAAUAAAUGCGGUAUUCUGGAUAUAUUCCUAGCUGUUAUAGCUAAAGCACUACAGGUUCAGAUAAAAGUCAAAAACAAUUCCAAUAAAAACCCACCAACCAUGAAGCUGUGGCGGUACAUGAACAUAUGUAGAAUUGACGAUUGCGAUAAAUCUACCCUCCAUAAACUUUCAACAACCAACUCACAGAUUAGUAAUGUAGAAUCUGAGCGUGUAGUAACCAAUCUAAAAGACAGCCCUGUAGCCGAUCAGUACGAUUUUGAGGUAUCAUCAUCUGAGUUCCUCGAUGAUAAAACAAACGACGACAAUUCGAUUGCAUUCGAUGGUUGCCGAUCCAAACCGGGCAUUCGCAUUGAGCCAGCAAUUAAACCUCGUUGGUUUCUUAACGGAACGAUCUCAUCUAAACAGGCUGAGAACAUUAUGAUACUUAUACGUGACAUGGCUCACGGAAAAUUAUCGGAGAAAUGGUCCCUAAUCACGAAGGCUGCCAUUGCAGAGUGCAUUCUUAACAUUACACGACUUUCGGAUGUUUAUCGGGUUCCAGAAACCUGUAUGACAACGCCUACACUAUGGCUAACACUAGCUAGUUUAUGCGUUCUUGAUCGUGAUCAUGUAGAAAAACUAUCAUCCAGUCAAUGGUCGAAACAAUCGGAAUCUAGACCCCUUUGUUCCAAUCACGAUGAUGAUGUCACGUAUGCUAUGAUAAUUUGUAGUCUUUGUGGGUCACUGUGCUCUGAUUGCGAUCGGUUUCUGCACCUAAACCGGAAAACUAGGAAUCAUUAUCGAACGGUUUGCAAAGAGGAGGAGGAAGCAAUACGUGUUGAGUUACACGAAAGUUGCGGCAGGGCGAAGCUAUUUUGGUUGUUGGCACUUGUAGACUCAAAGACGCUGAAAGGAAUGCUAGAAUUCAGGAAUGGUAAUAACACACUCGUUUGCGAUCCACCGAAUGCAAUUGGUGUGUGUCGUUUCUGCGGCAUAACCGGUACAACUGGUCUGCUGGCAGUAGGAAACGUAUGCGUCGACCAACAGUGUCAGGAGUACGCAGCAAAUGCUUGUACCAAAAUGUUGCAAUGCGGGCAUCUUUGUGGAGGUAUCGUUAACGAGGAAAGAUGUUUGCCUUGUUUACAGCAAAAAUGCCUGGCAGCAGAGAGCAAAAGUAAUGAAAAGGAACCAAAACUAACACAGGACGCGGAUGAUAUGUGUAUGAUUUGCUUCACGGAGGCGCUUUCUUCUGCACCUUCGAUACAGUUGGAUUGUGGACAUGUAUUUCAUUGCCACUGUUGCAAAGCGGUUCUCACUCGGCGUUGGAAUGGACCUAGAAUUAGUUUUGGCUUUUCACAGUGUCCUAUUUGUAAGAUGGAUAUACAGCACUCUGCUCUGGUGGUUAUUUUGGAACCGAUUAUGUUAUUGAAGGCAGACGUAAAGAGAAAGGCUUUGAUGAGGUUGGAGUAUGAAGGAUUAACUAAAACUUUGGACAGUAAAAAUUUGUCUGCCUAUGCUAUGGAACGAUAUGCUUACUACGUGUGUAGUCAGUGCGAUAAGGCUUACUAUGGAGGAGAAGCUCGAUGCGAUGCUGAUCUCGGUGAAAACUAUGAUCCACAGGAGCUAGUAUGUGGUGGCUGCAGUGAUGUUGUCAAAGCCAAGAUGUGUCCGAAGCAUGGAACAGAUUUUCUUGAAUAUAAAUGUCGCUACUGCUGCUCAGUUGCAGUAUUUUUCUGUUUCGGCACGACGCACUUUUGCGACACAUGUCACGACGACUUUCAGCGACUUACGAAUAUUCCUAAAAAUAAAUUACCCAAAUGUCCUGCCGGACCCAAGGCAAAGCAGCUGAUUGGCGAAGAGUGUCCGUUACAUGUCAUACAUCCACCCACAGGAGAAGAAUUUGCUUUAGGCUGUGGCAUUUGUCGAAAUGCUCACACAUUUUGAGAUUUUUGAAGCAAUCCGAAAAAAUGGAUCAUAGUUUAUUUUUCUUUUAAUUGUUAAAAAACGCCUCUUUUAUAAAAGACUGCUUUAUUUUAGGUUAAACAUAGUGAUUUCGUGUUUCAAAUUAAUUUUUGGUCUCACUUUCAAUUCAAUUAUCAAUAUGUUUUCACGAAUGAUUUCAGCUUAAACUUGACUACGGUUUCCCCGUUCAUUCAUUGUUUUGAUCUACUGGUAAAGAAGCUAUAUUCAAGCCGUUAUAUGUCAAAAUUUCAAGCAUUACUCCAGAUUUAGAUACUAUAGACCCCACAAAUUUUUGUUUCGAUUCAGCAUGCAAUUUACAAUGGAUUUCUUUUUGAAAACGCUCGACAGUCGUCGAAGGAUCUCACAUAACCGUACUAGAUAUAUAAUAUUUAUUUACAAAAUACUAAUUAGGAGCUUCGCAAUGAUACGCCUGACUAAUACCCUAACAAGUACGCAUCUUACUACCAGAUGGUCUGCUCAGAUUGUAACAUCUGAAUAAAUUCUCCGAAUGUUUUGAA